AUGUUACCACAUUUUAAAAAACAAAUUAAUCAGUCUUUGCGCACGGUGUUAGGUCUUGGUAAUCUAAAAGACCUGGGCGUUGUAAAGGUGGGCCAUCUGAAGAGAAUACUCAGCAGUUUAAAGAACUUGAAGAAGCAAUCCAACAAUAAUACUACAGCUUUCAAUAGCGCAAACAAUCCAAACAGUGGCACUUCGGCUAAUGUAGCCGCUGCUGUUACAGCUACUUCAACUCUGACCCCUACCCUAUCAGUGUCUCCAAUUUUUAAUGCUUCUGAUAUUAAUACUUCUGUUAUUAACAAUUGUAGCAUUGGAAGCAUUAAGUCGAAACCUAGUGGCACGUUCAAGGAGACAUCAAUGGCGGCAUCAACGGCCACCGAACACCACCACUCUGGUACGUUUGCUGGCCAGCAUUGUGAAAUGAGUACUCCAAAUCAUGAAAAUAUUGUUCAGAUCGGAAACAUCGCUAAAACAAUUCGUAGUAAUAACAACGACGAUGAUGAUGAUGAUGAAGAAGAAGAAGAUGGUGAGGAUGAUGAUGAGGAUGAUGGGUUUCAUGAAGUGGUCAAGCUGUAGAACCAACAUCUAAUUUUUGCUGUGUUUUAAAGAAAAAUAACUAUAACUUAAGGGGGUAAUUCCGAUAAUAAAAGAAAUGUAUUUUUUAUAAACUUAUAUUAAUGAAGAUAUUUUAUAGCGCAUACUUGGGCGGCAGCGGAAUCAUGUUGUUCUCACCGGCCUUAACAUGACUGUUACGCAUGUUCCUUCUUCCUCCCCUCCUCCAUGACUUGUUUGGCUCACCCGCUUACUGAUUAUAAAUUGUGAUUUCAAUGAAUCUUAUAAAGUGGCUCUUUUGCCAAAUUAUUCAUUUGUGUUAUUCAUUUGUAAUAUUUAACAUUAUGAAUCAAAGAAGAUCAAUCUAUAACGUCAAUCAAAUCAUGUCAUCCCUGUCAUCUUUCAUUUCGUAGCAUUUUAUAUGCUCCUCCUUUUUUCUGUAAUAAUUAGAUGUGAUGUAUAUUUGAUUGUGAUUUAAUUCGUUAAGGUUGUAUACAUAUACGUUUAACGUCUUUAUUUUAUCUAUCCAUAUAUAUAUAUAUAUAUAUAUAUAUAUAUAUAUAUGCGUUUAUAAGUUUGCACCAAUUUGCAUAAAUGUUUAUCUGUUUCUAUGCACGUUCCCAAAGUUUAUCAAACUUCUAUUCAGCUUCAUAUCUUUUUAUAUUGUUCUCAAUUGAUGCACGAAUUGUUGUUUGUUUUUGUUAAGUACAUUUUAUUAUUGAGAUGAAAACCUAUCUCUAUUGUUUUCUUUUUAGAACAAGUAUUACCAUUGUUGUUGCUUAAAUUUGAAAUUACAAUCAUCUUUAAAAAAAAAUGUUCAUUGGUG